AUGCCGGCAGACGGGCAGAAUGACCUCGUCCGAGACUUGACGACAAAGCUCGAGCAGCUCCAGCGGGAAAAGGCAGAACUGGAGCGAGCGGUCGAGGGUCAGGCAGACAGUAUAGCGCUCAAGCUGCGCCUCGCACUGCUUGCCUACGAGCAACAGAAACCGCCGUCGUCGUCCCAGCCUCACACGCACCGUCACCGCUCAAAGUCCCGCUCGUCCGCCUCGUCCUCCCUCUCGACAUCUGCCUCUACCAGCUCCUCGACCUCGUUCCCCUCGUCUCCGCCAACGCAGAUCUCACCAGUCCUGCCGGCGCCCGACCUCUCGCCCGACGUCGUCACCGCCUUGCGGGAGAACGAGACCCUGCGCGUCAGACUCGCCAACUCGGAGCGCGUCAAUGCCUACUACCAGCGCGAGCUGGCCGAGCUACGCCGACGGUGCGGGAUCUCGAUCGACGAGCUGGAAGAGCUGGAUCUGAGCGGCGGGAACAGCUUGCCGGCGCCUAGGGCGGGCGGGUCGGGCAUGCUGAGAAGGCCGAGGUCGUUGUCGCGCAGCUCGUCGAGGAUGGAUCCGGCGGGCGCGACGGCCUCAAUCCGCAUCCCUGGCGCGGCGUCCGUCUCUCCUCCAGCAACAGGCGGCGGCGCGCGUCUCUCGACCGCUUCGUUUCCCUUCUCCGCCUCGACCAACUCGCUCCGCUUCGCCGCCCCGCAAUCCUACAUGUCCUACGCUUCGAGCAUCAAUACGACCGCUACGACACCCUCCUCGUCCUAUCCGAACGCUCGACCACCCGCACCGACACCAGCAACCGCAGCAGCCUUUUCGCCCGUCUCGUUCGUCAACACGAUCGGCUCGGCGGGCAGCGGCGGAGGAGGCGCCGCACUCGGUCGUCGUAACAGUCUCAAUAGCUUUGUCGCGACGCACUUUGCGAGCGCGGCAGGCUCGACAGGGUCGAUGCAGGCUGUUGCGGAAGCCGAGUCGCGCGAGAUCGACUUGGACGACCUCGUCCACUUGACGCCUCAGCCCGCCGCAUCUCCUCCUCCGUCCAAUACGACAAGCACCGUGCCCUUCCCUUCGCUCGUAAACGGCUCGCUCGGCGCCCAGCCUUCAGGCUCGACCCGCUCCUCCCGCAGCUCCACCACGUCCGCCUCAUCGUCUCACAUCUUCCCCCCAGGCUCGACCGCCUCUUCCUCCCUCGAGAACUCCAUCUCGUCCCUCCCUCCUCGAACAGCUGUCGACGCGCCAGCGAUGGACCCCCUCGUGGCGGCUAUCACGCGCUCGCUUGCGAAACUUGCUGCGCAGAGUCAGUCUGAGGGAGGGGGAAGUCGGAGUCGGAGGAGGAGGGCUAGUGCGACGAGUGCGGCGGGAAGGGAGGAAGGGGAGGUGGGUGUUACGGAAGGACGGGCGAGGCGGAAGGGGAAGCGGAGGGAGGGCGCGGGAGAAGCGGGAGAGGGAUCGAGCGGGUCGAGCGAGACGUCGAGGGACGAUGAUGCGGAGAAUGCGAUGCGGAGGAGCGGGGUGCUGGGACGGCGUGCGCCGGGUGAGGAGGAGGAGGACGGAGACGGGGUGGAGACGCCGCUGAGCUGUGAGGUUGCGGGCGAAGGAGGGCUGAGCAGGAGGGCGAGCGCGAGGGAAGCUUCCGCGCGGUGA